CACGUGACCGGAAGUAGCUCCGCUGGGGAGGGGGCUGUAUUGAGUGGGACCGGAUGUUGUUUCCGGGCUAGGAGCAGCAGGGAUUCGGGAGUGAGAGCCGCGGUGUCAGGAUGAUAAAAGCCAUUCUGGUGUUCAAUAAUCAUGGGAAGCCGCGCUUCAUGCGCUUCUACCAGCACUUUCCGGAAGACAUGCAGCAGCAGAUAGUGAGGGAGACCUUCCACCUGGUGUCCAAGAGGGAUGACAAUGUCUGCAACUUCCUGGAGGGAGGAAGUUUAAUCGGCGGAUCUGACUAUAAACUGAUCUAUCGCCAUUAUGCCACCCUUUACUUUGUGUUCUGUGUGGAUUCCUCGGAGAGUGAGCUGGGAAUUCUUGAUCUCAUCCAGGUUUUUGUUGAAACUUUGGAUAAAUGCUUUGAAAAUGUUUGUGAACUUGACCUGAUAUUUAAUGUGGAGAAGGUACAUUAUAUUUUGCAUGAAAUGGUGAUGGGCGGGAUGGUUCUGGAGACAAAUAUGAAUGAAGUUGUUGCUCAAGUAGAAGCUCAGAACAAACUUGAGAAAUCUGAGACUGGAUUUUCUGCAGCUCCAGCCAGAGCAGUUUCUGCAGUGAAGAGUAUGAACUUACCAGAACUACCACGACAUAUAAAUAUUGGAGACCUCAACAUCAAGGUCCCUAACCUUUCUCACUUGGUAUAAUAAAGGCUGGGUUCAAGUUGUACUGGUACUUGCCUGCAUCUCCAGAUUAAACUCCGGACUGUUUCAUUAUUAUUUACAUUUGGGGAAUUAAUUGUAGGCAUGUUAUAGAAUAAGAAAAACCAUAAUCAGGUAUAUAUAACACUUGUAGGUAGACUGUUUUAUGCUUAAACUAACAGUUUGGCGAACUGCACAACAAUAGCAAAUGAUGAAUGUAGAAAGGAAGUGUUAGUGGCAACUUUCAUAAGAAACGAAAUAAAUGAUGUACUUGCACAUUCUGUGACACUGUGUUUGCCAUUUGACACAGGUGGCAAUGGUAUCUCCCAACAUUAUGAAUCUGAGAGCCAUUCCCAACUUAAUUUAGGGAAUAAUCUCUUGGCCAUUAAAUCAGAAGCAUGGAUAAAUGCUCAUGGUUUGAUACCUGCAUAGUAGAUGGGACUGCAAAAUAAAGUUCACCCUUUAGUAACAAUGUAAGCUCUGUUCACAACCAUCCCAAAAGCUUUUAGAUUCCGUAUAUUUGUGACCAUAACUUUGCAGAACAGAUGUAGACCCAUUCAUUUCAAUGGGGACGCAAAAGAUGCGGACCGCACACGGUGUACAUAUUCCGUUAUGUGGCCCCCAAAAAAGAUAUAUUCUUGUCCGCAAUUGCAUUUCUAUCCUAGGGCCGGUCGUUCUGUUCCGCAAAAUGCGGAAUGCACACAGCCACUAUCCGUGUUUUGCAGACCGCAAAAUGACCCCUAAAGCAAAUAAUUGUUUGCUUAUAUAGCUAUCUCCACCUAUUAUUGCUAAACUGAUCUUCUUAGGAAAUGAAUAAAAAGGGAAUGUAACCUUAUCUGGUGAUUUAAGUUACACAUUUGUAUGUUUUAUUUAUAUAUACUGUUAUUGAAACACUGACAUUUGUUAGGCUAGAAAAUAUUCUUAUAAUGAUUAUAGUAAAAUCUGUUUUCCAUCUGUGGAUGUUUAGUAUUUUAUGUUAAUAAAUGACCUGUAGAAUGUUAAAAUUAAAAGCAAGUAUGCUAUUAAAUGU